CUGGUAUGUUGCAGAGGAGAUGCGGUUUUCCAAAACGAGCACCUUGUAGAUAAAAAUCCGCCUCUGGUUUCUGUAACCUCUCAUCUCUCCUUAUCUGUACUUUAUAUAAUCUCUCUUUGCCACUCCUCUUUCCUCAUCCAAAAACCCAACAAUCCACUUCUAAAAGAAUCCCUUUUUUCAAACCCAACCCAAGAAGUAGCAACAUCAAUACUGGACAGAGAUGAGUUCGGCGAGCAGAGCAUGGAUUGUCGCUGCAAGCGUCGGAGCGGUUGAAGCAUUGAAAGAUCAAGGUAUUUGUAGAUGGAAUCACGCUUUCAGAUCUCUACAUCAGCAAGCAAAGAAGAGCGUCGGAUUGUAUGCACAAGCCAAGAGACUCUCUCCUUCUUUAGAUUCCUCUCUCGUGACAAAGAGAAUAGAUGGAGUCGAGAAAAUGAAGCAGUCUGAAGAGUCAUUGAGGAAAGUAAUGUAUUUGAGCUGUUGGGGACCCAACUGAAACUAAAGAAGAAAACCAAAACGGAGAAAAAUCAUGGGCGGGAAUCCCACACCGGAGAUCCUAAAAUUGGAUUUUGUAUAGAAAGUUGUAAUUUUGGCUGGCGAUUUAUACUAAUGUCUAUGCGGCAAAGACUAGUUCUAA